AUUGCCACCUUUUCAGUUCGGUUACUUUAUCGAAUCUCAUCCACUUUACUUCUUUGAAUCACGUAUUAUUAAGGCAAUUUUUUUACUGUAUACUAGUGAAAAGUGCAAAGGAAGCAACUUGUACGACGAUUUUUGCAACCAUCAAUAAGAAAAUGAAGUACAUUUUGGUGACUGGUGGUGUAAUUAGUGGAAUUGGCAAAGGAGUUAUCGCCAGUUCAAUUGGCACGAUCUUAAAGCACUGUGGGCUUCAUGUUACAUCCAUCAAGAUUGAUCCAUACAUCAACAUUGAUGCAGGAACGUUUUCACCAUUUGAGCAUGGUGAGGUUUUUGUCCUUGAUGAUGGUGGAGAAGUGGACCUCGAUCUUGGUAAUUAUGAAAGAUUCUUGGAUGUUACUCUCCAUCGUGACAACAACAUCACAACUGGGAAAAUCUACCAACAAGUCAUUGAAUGUGAAAGAAGGGGGGACUACUUGGGAAAAACUGUUCAAGUUGUUCCUCAUAUAACUGAUGCAAUUCAAGACUGGGUGGAAAACGUUGCUAAAAUACCUGUUACUGAUGAUGAAAAAGAGCCUGAAGUGUGUAUCAUUGAGCUUGGAGGAACUAUUGGAGACAUUGAAGGAAUGCCCUUUGUGGAGGCUUUCAGACAGUUUCAGUUCCGAGUGAGCCAUGAGAGUUUUUGCUGUGUUCAUGUUUCACUGGUUCCCCAACCUAAAUCAACAGGCGAAUCAAAAACCAAACCAACUCAAGCUAGUGUGAAGGAAUUGAGAGGAUCUGGGUUGUCUCCAGAUUUAAUUGUCUGUCGUAGUGAAAUGCCCAUUAUUGAUGAAGUUAAACAGAAAAUAUCCAAUUUCUGCCAUGUUAAGCCAGAUAGGGUUAUCUGUAUCCAUGAUUGCACAUCAACAUACAGAGUGCCUUUGAUGCUGGAAGAACAAGGGUUGAUCCAGUUUUUUAGUGAAAGACUUCAACUUAACAUAGCUACUCCGGCGCGACCUAAAAAAUUUAUGUGGAAAUGGCGAGACCUUGCUGACAGGCAUGACAAUGUCCGUAAGGUCGUUGAGAUUGCUUUGGUUGGCAAGUAUACACAAUUGGAAGAUGCUUACGCCUCCGUUACAAAGGCAUUACAGCAUUCAGCCCUCUUUGUCAAUCGCCGUUUGAAUCUCUCGUACAUAGAAGCCACAAGCCUUGAAGAAGCAACCAAAAUAGAGAACCCCGUCAAAUAUCAUCAGGCUUGGCAAAUUUUGUGCCGCAGCGAUGGCGUUAUUGUACCUGGCGGUUUCGGUAAGCGAGGAAUGGAAGGAAAAAUUGCUGCCGUUACUUGGUGUCGGACUACCCGAAAACCCUUCCUCGGUGUAUGUCUUGGUUUACAAGCAGCCGUCAUUGAGUUUACUAGAAAUGUUAUGAAUUGGAAAGACGCCAACACAACAGAAAUCGAUCCGGAAUCUCCAUAUCCUGUAGUAAUCGACAUGCCGGAACACAAUUCUGGUCAAAUGGGUGGUACAAUGCGUCUAGGGAAAAGAACCACCAUUUUCCAUGGAGAUUCGAUUCUCAAAAAGCUGUAUGGAAACGUUGGAGCCAUAGAUGAACGUCAUCGUCAUCGAUACGAAGUCAAUCCAGAAUUCGUCGACAAAAUUGAAAAAGCAGGUCUUCAUUUCGUAGGUCGGGAUGAAUCCGAAACUCGUAUGGAGAUAAUGGAGCUGCCAGUUUCUACUCAUCCUUAUUUUGUAGCCACCCAAUACCAUCCAGAAUACAUUAGUAGACCACUGAAACCAUCGCCACCUUAUCUGGGACUUCUUUUAGCUGCAGUGGGCAAACUUCAACCUUAUUUGAACAACGCCAUGUCAUCCAACACCACAUCAGAAGAUGGAGAGAAUUCAGUUGUGAAAGAAGAAAGUAACUUGUCCCUCAUGAGUGAAAUGAAUUCUGAAGAAAGUACCAAUCCCCAAUGGAAUUUAGGGGGGAAAUUAGUUAUCAAGGCACAGUUAAGGGAUGAUAUUCGACGUAUUCCCAUACAUAAUGAAGACAUAACGUAUGAUGAGCUUGUUUUGAUGAUGCAACGCGUUUUUAGAGGAAAGUUGUCGACAAGUGAUGAAGUGCUGUUGAAAUAUAAGGAUGAAGAUGGAGACCUGGUUACAAUAUUUGAUAGUUCUGAUCUAACAAGUGCCAUACAAUGCAGUCGCACCUUGAAGCUCACAGUUUUUUUGAACAGUCAGACUGAAGAUUCACUGAUUGAUGAGAAGCCAAACAAAGGAAUCACUAAUAUCCUAGCAAUCAGGAAGGAGUUAUCUGGCAUUCGUGACCGGGUUAUUCACUUGCUAGAUCAGUUGGAUAUAGCUCCACAGGAGUCAGUCAGUAGAGACUCACCAGUGACUAACCAUGUUGAAGCAGAGAAGCAAAUAGUGCAGACUGUUAAAGCAACUACAGGUCAUGCAAAAGAAUUUGAUCCUUAUCUACAGAAGAAUGACAUGGGGAAAGAAGCAGAUAAAGUUUCUGAAGCUUUUGGUGUUGAGCCAAUGUCUCAGGCUGAAGGCGCAAUCGCAACUUCGAGGCAGCAAACACCAGCACUGCAACCUAUUGCUGGGGCUGCAGUUGUUCAACCGAUUGCUUCGCAGCCGCCUAAUACUGCUGGUAUGCAACAAAUAGGCCAACAGCAGCUUCCACAGCAACAGCAGGGGAUGCCUACCCAUCCAAUGCAACCAACUCAACCUUCCAUGGGCUCUCCAUAUCAUUCGCCGGCCUACCAACAGCAGCCACAACCACUAGGGCAACAACGGUUCCAGCCACAGACUUCAACCGCUUAUAGUCUCUCGGCGCAACAACCCACUACUUAUCCUCAAGCGGGCUACAGCCCACAGUCAAUCCAGCAGCAAGCGUAUGCUCAACCGGCGCCAUAUAAUCCACAGGGAUCAACUCAGCAACAGCAGCAAAAUCAACCUCAUGUACCAGGCCAACCUGGAGCUCCUCCGGUACAAUACGGUGGUGGUGCUAGUCAGCCGACGCAAACUUACAAUCCGGCUGUUCCGUCGCAGGGAGGACAGCAGUUGCCACAGGGUCAGGGUGGAUUUAACUAUCCUGGUUAUCCACCCACCGCGACUACUCCUACGAAUCCAUAUAGCAGAGGAGGACAACCUGCCCCACCAUAUGCUAGCAGACCGCAGCCGCCUCAGUAUCACUAAUGGCAAAAGUUGGGAUUAAGGAUUAGCCAAAAUUCAUAUUUUCAAUCAAAUCUUUCACUUAU